CUUCAUAAAACCCUAGCCAGCUUGCUAUUUUUGCAAAGCAAUAGGCUUUUUCCAAAAGAAAAUGGGCAACAAAAGCUCUUCGAAGUCCAAGACCGAUUCUCAGCAAACAAACACCACCAAGAGGAUCACAUUCAAUGGACUAGGCAACCUCAUUAGGCUCCUUCCCACCGGGACCGUCUUCUUGUUCCAAUUCCUCAACCCCGUCUUGACGAACAACGGCAAGUGCCACGCUGUUAACAAGUACCUAAGUGCCCUACUAAUCGGAGCUUGUGGCCUUUCGUGUAGCCUUGCUUGCUUCACUGAUAGCUACACAGGGAGUGACGGGGAAACCCACUACGGGUUCGCCACGGCCAAGGGACUCUGGCCUAGCUCUAGCUCUAGCUCGAGCUCGAGCUCGAGCUCUGGCGAUUCUGUGGACUUGUCGAAGUAUAAGCUUCGGUUCGGAGAUUUCGUCCAUGCUUUCUUUGUGGUGAUUGUUUUCGCAGUUCUGGUGUUGUUGGAUAGCAACACCAUGCGGUGCUUCUAUCCGUCUUUCGAGAAUACGGAGAAGACUUUGCUCAUGGUCAUGCCAACUGUGAUCGGCACCAUCUCAGGCGCGGUGUUCAUGUUGUUCCCAACCUCGCGCCACGGAAUUGGGUAUCCUUCAAGUGACACUAGCACUACCUCGGAGAGCAAAGCUUAAAGAGCUUGACGAUACACAUAA